AUGGCACAGGCUGGGCUCGCUGCGCCACAGCUGACGCUACCUGUGGUCGGGAUGGGCGACAGAAGACGCCAGGACGCCGAUCCCGCUUACAGAGUUACCGGCGUUAAACUACCGCGGGUUGUGGACGAUCGAGUGUUUCUUGUGAAACGAAGCACACAACAAAGGACAGGUGGAAAGCAGGGAAAGUCACCGCUGCCAAGCGACCCUGGCACCAAGAACAGGACGGCGUCGUUCUCCAAAGUGCUGAAACCUCUGCGUGUUGCUUAUUCGCGAAAUUCUGAGGCAGAAGUGAAACCUGUCCGCUUCGGACACUGGGGAAGUGCGGAGGGUCAGCUGAAGCGGCCGCGGGGAGUGGCGGUGACGAGCUCCGGCCAGAUCUACGUCGUCGAUGCGGGGAGCGAGCAGAUCCAGGUGUUCAGUCCGGAAGGAGAGUUCAUCCGACGGUUUCUCACGGGCAGGGGCAACACCAGGUCAGACCCGUGGGGCAUAGCGGUGUUUCACCACGGCAUCCUCGUCACCGACGCCGAGGAAAGUGUCGUCAACGUCUUCAGGAAGAGCGGCCACUACGUCGGACAGUUCGGCAAGGGCAUCCUGCACAGACCGUGCGGCAUUGCGGUGGACCCGAAGACGGACACGAUAUUUGUUACCGACAGGGAAUGUGUGAAAGUCUUCCGCGGGGAAAACGGGGUGCUCAUGAACAUGUUAUACUUCUACGGUUGCGCGAACCCUUAUGGAUCUUAUGUUGACUUCAAGUAUCCGUUACCGUACCAUGUUGCAGUAGACAAGGGAAACGCUGUGGUGUCCGACUGGAGAGAACACUGUGUGAAAGUUUUUGAUAUUGAGAAUGGCGUCCUCAUAAAGCGGAUAGGGGCACGAGGGGCUCGGGUAGGAGGCCUUGAGCACCCCCGUGGAGUGUGCUUAGACCGGACUGGUAACGUUAUUGUCGCGGACCAUGGUAACAAACGUGUUCAACUUUUCGAUUGUAGGAAGGGGUACGGGUUUGGACGGUACGUGGCCACCGAGGCAGACGGGGUGCGCUCCCCGGAGGACGUCGCGCUCGUGCCCGACGGUAGGUUCGCUUUGACCGAUAGCGAUCGGCAUUCCGUGACCCUUAUCGGCACGGGCCUGGGCACAACCACCACAUCAUUGGACCACCUUUUCUACAACGCUUCGUCUAGAGAAAGAUCCGCCAACCAUUUUGUCUCCGACUCCUGUCAAGAAAUUACUGACAGAGAAGAUGUGGACUUAGACUAA